AUGCAGCUUGCGGACGACCAGGCAGAGAUCGCCGAAUCUCCACAGCGGGCAAGGCUGCUGGAGCGUCUCCGGGAUGAGGUCGUCCAAGGGGCGCACGACACUGUUGCGCAGAUGUUCGUAUCCGCCGGCAGCGACUUGCGGCACGACAUGCUGGACGUGAUGGCCGAGGAGACGAUGCAGAUGCCAACGGAGAGCUUUCGCCUGCUGCUUCGUGCCAUGAGGCUCGGGGACGUGUCGGCGGAGGUCUUGGUGCAGCUCUACAAACGUGUGGAGUCAUGGUUCUGUGCCCAGCGGCCGAAUGUCGAGGACUGGGCCCAAGUAGUCUAUGCGCUCGCGCUGAGCGGUCGACUGGAAGAUGCCGUCCAGAUUGUGGAGACCAUGGAGACAGGAGCGGAUCCGCUCUAUCCGAAACCGGAUGCGCGGAUGUACAACUUGCUGAUCAGGGAGCUUGUGAAGCAGCGAGGCUUGAGUACGGCUACCAGGCUAUGGUCCAGAAUGGCGGCUCGCGGCCUGGUCCCGGAUGGAAUAUACUUCCUGCUCAUGGUGGCCGUGUGUGCGAGCUCCUACCCACCACAGCUGGAUCGAGCCAAGCAGUACCUUCGCAGAGGCGAAGAGCUGAUGAAGAAGCAGAAGGUAGCUUUCCGCUUCGAUCGCGAAUAUGACAUCUCUUUCCUUUACACAGCUCUGAUGGCUGGCUACCUCAGGAUAGGCCGAGUCAAUGAAAUCUUCAGCAUCCUCGGGGCGAUGCGCCAGCACGGGCUCCGGCCGGGACCCGUCAUAUUCUCCAUUCUGCAGAAGUGCUGCCACGCGCGCCUGGAUCCUGCAUCCGACAUACGGCAGCUGCUGCGAAUCAUGGAGCAGAUUGGUGUACCACCCGAGACGGCAAAUUACAACGAGCUUAUCAGGUCUUACGGCCUGACUGGACAAAUGACCUUGGCACUCCAAGUGGCAAAUCGAAUGCGCGAGGCUGGCAUCGCGUGGGACUCCUUCACCUACCUCUUCCUGAUCCAAGCCGUUAGCUCCGCUGGACAGGUGGAGAUGGCUAUGCGCUUCCUGACGCGGAUGCGCCAGGACGCGAUUCGACCAGGGGUGUCGCACUACACGUGCACGUUCAUCGGCUUGGCCACCGCAGGCUACUACGAGGAUGCUUCCCGCGUUUUCCAGCGUCUGGUGGAUGUCGGGGGAGCGCGGAGCCAGUUCCCGUACAACAUGAUGAUGGCCAUCCAUGCCCGGCAGGGCGACAUGGGUGCGGCAGAGGAAGUGCUGGAAGACAUGACCGAGGCUGGAUGGCCACCCGACGUGACGACUUACCAAACCCUCCUGCAAGGCUAUGUUGCUGCGUGCGACUGGCCUGCAGCACUGGCGCUGCAAGAAAAGGUCCUCGACCUCCGUCGUGGCCUCGUGCGAAUCCAAGAGGAUUCUGGAGUCACCCAGGCGGCCCAGGAAGCCGCCAGGGCGCAGCUAGGGCAGACGAAGGUGUGGACCAAGGUGUAUCACCUGCUGGUGGAUGCUGCCGUCUACAAUGCCGAAUGGCCCCGUGCUGUGCAGCUCAUGGAGGAGUUGGUCGGCUACGGCCUGCCCGUCAACUACGCGAAGCAUGCCCGCCUGCUGGAAGACACCUUGCCUUCCACCCGAGCUGGUCUGGCGCUAAAAGGUGUCUACAGCCGGAACGCGCAGACGGACUGGACCACUGCCGAUGAGCGCCAGAAGGUGCAGGGCGGCCUGCAUUGA